ACUAGUGGGUGGGACUCGGUCUUUAUCAAUGGAAUUUUUCUCUCUCCUUUUUUGAAUGAAACAUCAAACGUCAUAAAACGAGAACGCGCUUGUCAUUCGUCUUUGAUGAUGCGACUUCAAAAAACUUGGUCCAGGCAUUUCCAUGCAGUGACAGUCCGAGUCUACGAUUGUCAACAGUAACUCAUAGGAACGGUGUCAGCGGGUACAUCACUAACAACAGGAGCCACCGAGCGGCAUGGUGGUGCUCACCUCGCCGUUAUACCCGGGAGUUGUCAUGAUAUUAGUAACCUUAGGGUCAGGACUGCAGUGCCCAGCCUGUGAUCGGAUACACUGUGACCCCCGUAUGCCGUCACAGCUUACCUGCCAGGGAGGAGUCACCACCGGGGUAUGUGGAUGUUGUCCCAUCUGUGCCAAAGUUAAGGGGGAAAGGUGUGGCGGGGAUUUUAAUUAUCUCGGCAAGUGUGAUAGUGGACUGUUUUGUCAAAUCAAGGACCCCAAGAGAUUCACAGAUCGCCAGCCCGAGGGUCGGUGUGUUCAAGUUCCUUCACAUAUCCAAGAUGCUCCGAGACCUCUUCCAAAAUGUCAACCGAAGUGUUCACCCAAGUUUUGUCGAGAGCAUCCCAGAGCAAUAUGCAGCGCCAUUAACGUUACAGACCUAACACGUGGUUGCCAACAUCCUUGUCAGCAUACUUCAUGUCAGGCCUGUAGAUUCAUAGCGGAACCAAAUUGUAAGGCUUGUAUAAAAGACGAUUUCCGGUGUCUGAGACGAUACGGGAAGUGUGUUAAACGACAGUACUGUACAAAGAGGAAGUACCCCUGUAGACCACAAUACAGUAGGAAGCAGACAGGACAGUUUCAAUGUGGCGUGCCAGACUGUUCCUCGUGAAGACAGCGAUAAACACAGAGACAAACCAUUAAAAAUGUCCUUUUGUGGAUACACGCUAUUUUGUGAUAAGACUUCUGCAUUUGAUUUACGAGAGGUGAAGUGUGACCUUGACCUUUCCCGAAAGGCGAAGUACGACCUCUAACCCCUAUCUUGAUGUAAAGUGUGGCCUCUAACCUUUACAAGGUGAAGUUUGACCUCUGAUAUGACCUCAGGCUGAAUCGAUCAGAUGCAUCUUUAUCUGUUUACAUCCUAUUAUUAUUGUUUUACACGGGCGACAAUUAAUAUAUCCUUUUGGUUUUAUUGACUAGUUGGACUGCUGGCACAGAUUGACAGUUGAUAUAUUUAUUUGAUUAUAUUGACUAGCUAGACUCUGGAAUGGGCGGUGAAUAACAUAUUCCAUUGUUUUUAUUGACUAGCUAGACUGUGGGAAAUGGCGACAAUUAAUAUAUAUCCUUUUGGUUUUGUUGACUUGCUGGACUGUCAGUCGGAACCAAUACAGCGUUAUUUUCUUUUAAUUUUUUUGUUUAAAUAAAUCGGAAAAAAGAGAA